AUGGCCCCCGCCCGGGCCCGCCUGUCCCCUGCUCUCUGGGUCGUCACGGCGGCGGCGGCGGCCACCUGCGUGUCUGCGGGGCGCGGCGAAGUGAACCUGUUGGACACAUCCACCAUCCACGGAGACUGGGGUUGGCUCACGUAUCCGGCCCAUGGGUGGGACUCCAUCAAUGAGGUGGACGAGUCCUUCCGGCCCAUCCACACAUACCAAGUGUGCAACGUCAUGAGUCCCAAUCAGAACAACUGGCUGCGUACAAGCUGGGUGCCCCGCGAUGGUGCCAGGCGUGUCUACGCCGAGAUCAAGUUCACACUGCGUGACUGCAACAGCAUACCUGGCGUGCUGGGUACCUGCAAGGAGACCUUCAACCUUCACUACCUGGAGUCUGACCGGGACCUGGGUGCCAGCACACAGGAGAGCCAGUUCCUCAAGAUCGACACCAUCGCGGCUGAUGAGAGCUUCACGGGCGCUGACCUGGGCGUGCGGAGGCUCAAGCUGAACACGGAGGUGCGUGGGGUGGGCCCGCUCAGCAAGCGUGGCUUCUACUUGGCCUUCCAGGACAUAGGCGCCUGCCUUGCCAUCCUCUCCCUCCGCAUCUACUACAAGAAGUGCCCCGCUAUGGUACGCAACCUGGCGGCCUUCUCAGAAGCAGUGACCGGGGCUGACUCGUCCUCGCUGGUAGAGGUGCGAGGGCAGUGUGUGCGGCACUCAGAGGAGCGUGACACACCCAAGAUGUACUGCAGUGCCGAGGGCGAGUGGCUGGUACCCAUUGGGAAGUGUGUGUGCAGUGCUGGCUACGAGGAGCGGCGGGAUGCCUGUAUGGCCUGUGAGCUGGGCUUCUACAAAUCAGCCCCCGGGGACCAGCUGUGUGCCCGAUGCCCACCCCACAGCCAUUCUGCGACCCCUGCGGCCCAGACCUGCCGUUGUGACCUCAGCUACUACCGCGCGGCCUUGGACCCACCGUCGGCAGCCUGCACCCGGCCACCCUCAGCUCCAGUCAACCUGAUCUCCAGUGUGAAUGGAACAUCCGUGACCCUGGAGUGGGCCCCUCCCCUGGACCCAGGUGGCCGUAGUGACAUCACCUACAACGCAGUGUGCCGCCGCUGCCCCUGGACCCUGAGCCACUGUGAGGCUUGUGGGAGUGGAACCCGCUUCGUCCCGCAGCAGACCAGCCUGGCACAGGCCAGCCUGCUGGUGGCCAACCUGCUGGCCCAUAUGAACUACUCCUUCUCGAUUGAGGCUGUCAACGGUGUGUCCAACCUGAGCCCCGAGCCCCGCAGUGCUGCCAUGGUCAACAUCACCACGAACCAGGCAGCCCCGUCCCAGGUGGUGGUGAUCCGGCAGGAGCGGGCGGGGCAGACCAGCGUGUCACUGCUGUGGCAGGAGCCAGAGCAGCCCAACGGCAUCAUCCUGGAGUACGAGAUCAAGUACUACGAGAAGGAUAAGGAGAUGCAAAGCUACUCUACCGUCAAGGCUGUCACUACCCGUGCUACCGUAUCAGGCCUCAAGCCGGGCACUCGCUACGUGUUCCAGGUCCGAGCCCGCACCUCAGCUGGCUGUGGCCGCUUCAGCCAGGCUAUGGAGGUGGAGACCGGGAAACCCCGACCCCGCUAUGAUACCCGGACCAUUGUCUGGAUCUGCCUGACACUCAUCACGGGCCUGGUGGUGCUCCUCCUACUUCUCAUCUGCAAGAAGAGGCACUGCGGCUACAGCAAGGCUUUCCAGGACUCGGAUGAAGAGAAGAUGCAUUACCAGAAUGGGCAGGCACCCCCACCUGUCUUCUUGCCCUUGAAUCACCCCCCGGGGAAGUUCCCAGAACCCCAAUUCUGUGCAGAGCCCCACACCUACGAGGAGCCAGGUCGAGCGGGCCGCAGCUUUACCCGAGAGAUCGAGGCAUCCAGGAUCCACAUCGAGAAGAUCAUAGGCUCGGGGGAGUCGGGAGAAGUGUGCUAUGGGCGGCUGCAGGUACCGGGCCAGCGGGACAUGCCUGUGGCUAUCAAGGCCCUCAAGGCUGGCUACACCGAGAGACAGCGGCAGGACUUCCUGAGCGAGGCAGCCAUCAUGGGCCAGUUUGACCACCCUAAUAUCAUCCGCCUUGAGGGUGUCGUCACCCGUGGCCGCCUGGCAAUGAUCGUGACUGAGUACAUGGAGAAUGGCUCUCUGGAUGCCUUCCUCAGGACUCACGAUGGGCAGUUCACCAUUGUGCAGCUGGUGGGCAUGCUUAGAGGGGUGGGCGCUGGCAUGCGCUACCUCUCGGACCUGGGCUACAUCCACCGUGACCUGGCCGCCCGCAAUGUCCUGGUAGAUGGCCAUCUGGUUUGCAAGGUUUCAGACUUCGGGCUCUCGAGGGCUCUGGAGGAUGACCCCGAAGCCGCCUAUACCACUGCGGGAGGGAAGAUCCCUAUUCGGUGGACAGCACCCGAGGCCAUUGCCUUCCGCACUUUCUCCUCAGCCAGUGAUGUGUGGAGUUUCGGCGUGGUCAUGUGGGAGGUGCUGGCGUAUGGUGAACGGCCCUAUUGGAAUAUGACCAACCAGGAUGUCAUCAGCUCGGUGGAGGAGGGCUAUAGGCUUCCAGCACCCAUGGGCUGCCCACGCACCCUGCACCAACUUAUGCUGGACUGCUGGCAUAAGGACCGUGCCCAGCGGCCUCGCUUCUCUCAAGUCGUGAGCGUCCUCGAUGCCCUGAUCCACAGCCCUGAGAACCUUAGGGCCACAGCCACCGUCAGCAGGUGCCCACCCCCUGCCUUUGCCAGGAGCUGCUUCGACCUCCGAGGAGGUGGAAGUGGCAGUGGGGACCUCACUGUGGGGGACUGGUUGGACUCCAUCCGAAUGGGCCGGUACCGGGACCACUUUGCAGCCGGCGGGUACUCCUCCCUUGGCAUGGUGCUUCGCAUGAAUGCCCAGGAUGUGCGUGCCCUUGGCAUCACCCUCAUGGGCCACCAGAAGAAGAUCCUUGGAAGCAUCCAGACCAUGAGAGCCCAGCUAAGCAGCACUCAGGGGCCCCGCCGGCACCUCUGA